AUGGCCCGGCCCGGGGCGUCCUGGAGUCGGCUGGACAGGGAGCAGGAACGCGAUGUGCGCGAGCUCGUCCGGCGUGUCACUGGACUCCAGGACGAGGCGGACCCCAAUUUCCAGCUCGCUCUAAACUUCGCCUGGUCUAACUUCAGAUUUCAUCGUUUCUUGGAUGUCAACAGCCAUAAAAUAGAAAAGACAAUAGAAGGAAUUUAUGAAAAAUUCAUCAUUCAUUCUGAUCUCAGCAAAGCUGCUAGUUGGAAGAGAUUAACUGAGGAAUUUCUAAAUGCAUCACUUCCUAGCAUAAAGGAAAUAAAGACAGAUGCACAUUAUUCCAUACUGUCACUUCUUCUGUGUCUGUCUGAUUCUCCUUCGAACAGCAAUUAUGUGGAAACACCAAGAGAUAAAGAAGUGGAAAAAAAAGAUGAUUUUGACUGGGGAAAAUACUUGAUGGAAGGUGAAGAAAUUGACCUUGCAGAUGAACCAGAUGACCAAAGCUGGCUAGAACAGCAUGUAGUUCAUCAAUACUGGACGGCUAGGCCCUCACGAUUUCCUCAUAGUUUACAUUUGCACUCCAAUUUAGCUACUGUCUGGAACACAAAUGAACAAAUAGCAGCAUAUGGCCAGGUUGUGUUUCGACUUCAGGAGUUCAUCGAUGAAGUCAUGGGACACAGCUCCGAAAGCUUGCCACCCGGAAGUGGUUCUGUUCCUAAGAAGUCGACCGAAGCUCCUUUUAGAACCUACCAGGCUUUCAUGUGGGCCCUAUACAAAUAUUUCAUUAGUUUCAAAGAGGAACUUACAGAAAUUGAGAAGUGCAUCAUCAAUAAUGAUACUACAAUAACUCUUGCAAUAGUGGUGGAUAAGUUGUCAUCUCGGUUGGCUCAGCUCAAAGUUCUGCACAAAGUAUUUAGUACUGGAGUAGCAGAAGUUCCACCUGACACUCGGAAUGUUGUCCGAGCAUCUCACCUGCUCAACACCCUGUACAAGGCCAUCCUUGAAUACGACAGUGUUGGAGAAGCCUCUGAGCAAACCGUCUCCCUCCUGUUCUCUCUCUGGGUGGAGACAGUACGGCCCUACCUGCAGACAGUGGACGAGUGGAUUGUGCACGGGCACCUGUGGGACGGCGCCAGGGAGUUCAUCAUCCAGAGAAACAAAAAUGUUCCGGUAAAUCAUAGAGACUUCUGGUAUGCAACUUACACAUUAUAUAGUGUAUCGGAAAAGACAGAAAAUGAAGAAAAAAUGAGUGAUAACGCUAGUGCGAGUUCUGGCAGUGAUCAGGGGCCCUCCAGCAGACAGCACACCAUGGUGUCCUUCCUCAAACCUGUCCUGAAGCAGAUCAUAAUGGCUGGAAAGUCAAUGCAGCUGCUGAAGAACCUGCAGUGCGCAGAGAGCACCACGUGCCAGGCAGCGGCCAGAGAUGCAGAAAGAAAAAGCUUGUACACUCUCUUUCUGGAAUCCGUGCAGUCCCGGCUUCGACGUGGAGAAGAUUCCACUCCACAGGUUCUUACUGAGCAACAGGCAACCAAAGAGAACCUAAUCAAGAUGCAGUCCAUUGCUGAAAGGCAUCUUGAACUGGAUGAUAUUCAUGAUCCCCUGCUUGCCAUUAACUUUGCAAGGUUGUAUUUGGAGCAGAGUGACUUUCACGAGAAGUUUGCUGGUGGAGAUGUAUGUGUGGAUAGAUCGUCGGAAUCUGUGACAUGCCAGACUUUUGAAUUAACACUGAGAUCUUGCCUCUAUCCUCAUAUUGAUAAGCAGUAUCUAGAUUGCUGUGGAAAUCUCAUGCAAACUCUAAAAAAAGAUUACAGGUUGGUAGAGUACUUGCAGGCCAUGAGGAAUUUUUUCUUAAUGGAAGGUGGAGAUACCAUGUAUGACUUCUACACGUCAAUUUUUGAUAAAAUAAGAGAAAAGGAAACCUGGCAGAAUGUGUCUUUUCUUAAUGUCCAACUCCAAGAAGCAGUAGGACAGCGUUAUCCUGAAGAUAGUUCACGUCUGUCUAUAUCUUUUGAAAAUGUUGACACAGCUAAGAAGAAACUACCUGUUCAUAUUUUAGAUGGUCUGACGCUGAGCUACAAGGUCCCAUGGCCUGUGGAUAUUGUCAUAAGUUCGGAAUGUCAAAAAAUUUACAAUCAAGUGUUCCUUCUCUUAUUGCAAAUAAAGUGGGCAAAAUAUAGUCUGGAUGUUUUACUAUUUGGUGAGCUGGUUGGUACUGCUGAACGACCACAGUUUAAAGAAGGCCUUCUGCAUGAACAAGACAUAGCUGCUCAGUUUGGACCACCAAAAGAACCAGUAAGACAGCAGAUUCAUCGGAUGUUCCUCUUAAGAGUGAAGCUCAUGCAUUUUGUGAACAGCUUACACAACUACAUCAUGACCAGGAUUCUGCACAGUACAGGGCUAGAGUUUCAACAUCAAGUCGAGGAAGCUAAGGAUUUAGAUCAAUUGAUUAAAAUUCACUAUAGAUAUUUGUCAACCAUCCAUGAUCGAUGUCUGCUGAGAGAAAAGGUCAGCUUUGUGAAAGAAGCUAUCAUGAAAGUGUUGAACUUGGCUCUCAUGUUUGCAGACGGCUGGCAUGCAGGCCUGGGGGCUUGGCGGAUGGAAUCUAUAGAGAAAAUGGAGUCUGAUUUUAAAAACUGCCAUAUGUUUCUUGUAACCAUUUUAAACAAAGCCGUCUGUAGAGGAUCUUUUCCCCAUCUGGAAUCUCUAGCACUGUCACUCAUGGCUGGCAUGGAGCAAAGUUAAAUAUCUUCGGUAUAAUAAAUAUCUCAGACUUCACCUUUGUUCAGUUCACCAUAUGCAGCUGAAAAGUGGAAAUGUUUCUAUUUUUGUUCAUUUUAAAAACUUAUCCACAACCUAGGUAAAUGGAUUGUAGGUAUUUUCUCUGAAAAUUAUUGGGUAGUGUAUAG